GCCUCUACUCGUACGUGCAGCGGUAGCUCCGCCCCGCACCGUAAAAAAAUAACCAAAACCCGGUGACGUUGCUAUGGGAAGGGUUGCUUGGAACUAAUGCAGUGAAGAAAAGAAAUAGAAAUGGCGGUGCGCGGAGGAUUUAGCGCUGCACAACAGAGAGACACCGCUGCUGACGGCAGCGGCGAUGUGUCAGAUUUUAUGUGUCCAGUUUGCCUCGAAAUCUUCGAGAGACCUGUCAGAACACAAUGUGGACAUACAUUCUGUCACAGUUGUUUGCAUGAGUGUUUGCGCCCUCAAAAGCCCGUAUGUGCGGUAUGUAGGGCCACCGUGGGCCCGUGGACCAAAGCAGUUGAUCUAGAAGCCCUCAUCCAGUCAUCAAUUGCACCCUGUAAGGGAUGUGGAGUUCAGAUUGGUCUGUCUCAGAUGAGGAUUCACACAGCUAACUGUUCAAAAUACCAGGACUAUAUUGAGGAAGGGGUGAGGACAAGUGUCCAAAGCCAGCCUCCUGCUGUGAGUCCAGUGCCAAAUCGUUACACAUUUACCUGUCCUUACUGCAACUGCCAGAACCUUGACCAGGACGGGCUGGUUGAACAUUGCACGAGCCAUCACGCUCGAGACACACGCCAAGUGGUGUGCCCUAUCUGUGCCUCGAUGCCCUGGGGAGACCCUAACUACAGGAGCGCGGACUUCUUUCAACAUCUAAAGCUCAGGCACACUUUCUCUUAUGAGACAUUUGUUGACUACUCUACAGACGAGCAAACAAUGAUGCAGCAGGCUUUACAGCGCUCUCUUAUGGACAACUGAAGUGUCAAGAACAAUCACAAUAGACGUGGAGCAGAUUGUCUUUAAAAGACGCAACAAGACACUGUAUCAUCGCUUACUAUCUUAAGGAUUGAGGCACUCAAAUGCUAUAAUUAUUUUCAUAAGGAACUGGUGUUGUAUCUCUGAACCUGUAGGUUUAAUAUUCAAAAAGUAGGCUUUGUUGAGAGUAAGAAUAUAUCAUCCAGUUUGUUUUUAGGAGUGACGUUGUGUUUUUUGGUCUGCUAAUCUCCCCGUUGAGCUUGUAGACUUGAUAGUUUGUUGAAUAUCUUCUUUACAUCUCUUGUUGGGUAAUGACCUGGUGUCAUAUAAUCAGAAGCUUCCAAUGUUGUAAUAUCCAGUUAACUCCCUGCUGUCAGUUCAUGUGACAAAAUAAUUUGACCACUAGAUGGCUUUUUUGACAAUAAACAACAAGGUGUACUCAGUUAGGGUGUCAAAUAACAAUAUAUAUACAGGACUAUUCUACCACAGAGUAUCUGUGCAUGUGAGCUCUCACGAGAGAAAAGACGGAUCGUCUGGUUGUUUCUGUGUAGGUUAAUUCUGCUAAAAGAAACACUUUUUCAUUUCUGUGUUUUUGUGUGAGAGUUUGUGUUAUUUUUUUUUCUAAUCAUCUGGAAAGAAUAAAUAAGGUGGAUUGAACAGCCAGAAAUGUU